CAGUCUGUUGUUCUGAAAGCCGCAGCAGGAGGAUUGGAACCCUGACACCAGCCGCACGUGGGGAGGCCUGUGCUUCGUCUGAUACACGAGGUGCCCACUCCAGCGGUGACGGAACCAUGUUGAGGUUUCUAGGCCACAUUUUAUCCUUCUUCAGGAGGAGGGCAAGCCGUGCUCAGACCCGAUGCCUGCCACAACUGGAGUUCUUGGAAGAUGAAAUGGAGUUGAAAACCAUGCAAGGAGUUGUGACAAGUUUUUUUACUGAUUAUGGCUUCAUUAAUGAGUCCAUCUAUUUCAGUACUGAUGUUGUGACUCACAAUAUGCCUAUAACGGUUGGGCAGAAAGUUAUGGCAGUGGUUGAAGAAGUCAAAACGUCUCAUUCACUGAAAGCGCUCAGAGUGGAUGUUAUGUCGGAUCAUCAUGGUGGAGUUAGCUCAUCAGACCCAGAGACCAGAAUUAUAAUCGGUUAUGUUACUUGCAUAAAGAAAGAUACUAUUCACCUUAAUAAGAACAUCGAAUUCCCUAUUAACAUUGUUGCUGAAGGUUUUGUGCCUUACAAGGGUGACUGGUUAGAAGUUGAGUGUUCCAUUGAUCCUGAUACCUCAGAACUCAAGCCAUUCUCAGUAAGGCCUGUGAGCUGUAAGCACGUGGAUGAGGUCUGUAUCACCAAUCUACAAGGAAGAAAUGGGGUGAUCGAUGAUACCAUCUUUUUCACCCUGGAUUCUGUGAAACUUCCCUGUGGAUAUGUACCUCAAAGAUUAGACUUUGUCAAUGUAGUCAUGGUGGAGAGCAUACAGUCUUGCUUUAUUUGGAGAGCAGUUUCUGUCACUCCCGUGCAAAGGAGUGGCUUCCGGGAUGGCAGUGGCCUGGGUCGUCCUUAGAGUGACCCUCAGAGGCAAAGCAUUUACCUGAGGAGGCAGCACGACCAGCAUGUUAAAGACACUGAUUUAAAGUUACAGUUUGCAUUACCUACAGUAUUUGUUAUGUUUAUUAUUUAACUAUUCUUCCUCAUGUUUGAAUGUCAUCUCCAAGGUAGCAGGAUGUCUUUUGUUCUAUUUUUUGUCAUUAAUGCAUCACCAUGCACUUGAAAUAGUGCCCAUCACAUCCUAGGGGAAGAAUAAAUGUUAAUCAG